GCGGGUGGGUGGAGGGGAUCGUGUUAAUGUAGCUGAGCUUAGACCUGGUCGGACAGUUUGUGUUUGACUGGACCCGAGAAGAGUGUGUGUGUGCAUGUUCCUGUGAAGGAAAGUAAGCAAGAGAGAACCAUGAAGCAACACUGCGCUCUUAAACAUGGCAUUUUUAAAGAGUUCUUGGCGGAGUUCCUUGGAACAUUUGUGUUGGUGUUGUUUGGCUGUGGAUCUGUGGCUCAGACAGUCUUGAGCAGGAAUACGCUGGGUGAAUCUCUCACUAUUCACAUUGGCUUCACUACCGGACUUAUGAUGGGUGUCUAUGUGGCUGGUGGAGUUUCAGGAGGUCACUUGAACCCAGCUGUUUCUCUGGCCAUGGUCAUACUGGGUAAACUGAAGAUCUGGAAGUUUCCUAUUUACAUCAUAGCACAGUUUUUGGGUGCCUUUGCUGGAGCAGCUGGAGUUUUUGGCCUUUAUUAUGAUGCCUUUAUGGAUUUUACCAGUGGAAUUCUGUCAGUGACUGGCAUCAAUGCUACUGGACACAUUUUUGCUUCUUAUCCUGGACGACAUCUCACAGUACUUGGAGGAUUCAUUGAUCAGGUGAUUGGAACAGGUAUGUUGGUCCUCUGUAUUCUGGCCAUAACUGAUGGCAAGAAUAUAGGAGCACCUAAAGGAGUGGAGCCUUUGGCCAUUGGCCUGGUCAUCCUGGGCAUUAGCGUCUCCAUGGGGAUGAACUGUGGAUACCCACUGAACCCUGCCAGAGACCUGGGGCCCAGACUCUUCACUGCUGUGGCUGGCUGGGGCAUGGAGGUGUUCAGCACUGCAGAAUACUGGUGGUGGAUCCCGGUGGCCGGGCCAUUGAUAGGGGGGAUCACAGGAGCUGUGGUGUACUUCCUUCUGAUAGAGCUCCAUCACUCCGACCACUCAGAGAAAACCAACCAGGAGCCAGAAGAAGAAGAGGAGGAUGAAGAGGAAGAGGACAGCAGCCUGAAGGACAAAUAUGAAAUGAUCACCAUGAGCUAAAAAGAUAACAACUGACUAUGAACUGGAUGAAGAUUUCUCACACCCACAGGAGCUUAUGCUUACAGAAUAAGGAAAAUUGCACUUUUGUGUAUAGCUAACAGGCUAUCAGUAUAGUUUUCUGCUCUCGCUUCAACUUCAACAGUUCGCUUCAACAGUUUCUUUCUCUAUCGCAGACAUUUGUUUAAUUGUCAGGAAAUAAGCAAAUAGGAUUAUAGUGAGUACCCUUUUAUUAAACAGACUUCCUUACUGUGCAGAAAAACAUCUCUGCAUGAACCUCCGUUUUGGGAAUAUAUUUGUUAUGAGCUCAGCUGGAUCAAAGC